AUGUUCACUGCUCAUUUCACUAAAAGGCCUCACUCACUACUAUCUGCAAUUGCCCACUCACAAAAACGGACAUUUGUCUUCACCACGCUAGCAACUACUCUCUUUGGAUCUGUGCUUUGGUCUAAAAACAAUGUUCUUGCUUCAAAGAUGGAAAACAACGAAUUGCAUUACGACGACCCAAACAAGAAGUUCAAUUUGGAUAAGCAACCAACUUUCCAGCGUUCAGAGCCAGAUUAUCCUGGCCACGUACCCUUGUACAAUUUUGAAAAGGCGUUGAUGUUUCUUGGCUCGUCAAUUGGAUCCUUUUUCCAUCCUGAAAGAAACGAGUUUAUUGUUGCACUUGGGGAAUCAACAGCCAUCGAACCAGUAUUGAAGAGCUUACAAAGGACGAUGUUGAGUAAUAAAACAGGAAGAGAAAUUCUUCGUGAAAGACCUCGUAUAACUUCGACUUCUUUGGAUUUAGACUAUUUGCGCUCCUUGCCUGAUAACACAAUCGGCAAGCAGUAUAUAAUCUGGUUGGAUCGAGAAGGGGUUAGUCCCGAUACAAGAGUGCCUGUUAAAUACAUUGACAAUGAAGAGCUUGCGUACAUAUUCCAACGUUAUCGUGAAUGCCAUGAUUUUUACCACGCAAUCACUGGAUUGCCCAUUAUUAUCGAAGGUGAAAUUUCGGUAAAAGUUCUCGAGUAUCUCAAUAUCGGCAUCCCAAUGAGCGGCCUAGGCGCAUUGUUUGCUCCAUUGAGAUUGAAGACAAGUCAACGUAAGCGAUUGAGGGAAAUUUAUUACCCUUGGGCAUUGCAAAAUGGACUCUUUUCCAAACCUUUGAUCAACGUGUACUGGGAGAAGAUAUUGGACAAGGAUAUUGGUGAAUUUAGAAAGGAGAUGGGUAUCCAGCCACCUCCAGAUUUGAGAAACAUGAGAAAGGAGUAUUUCGCAAUGAAGAAGAAGGAGAAGGAGAAGGAGAUGAAAUUGGAGCUGCAAGGAUCGAAGACAAAUCUUGACCAUCUCGUGACCUUUGGAGAACAAGAGGAUCCUUAUUUCGAGGAGAUACCCGAACAGGAUCUCCACUUUUACCAAAGGAAAGGCGCUAAAAGAAGAAGAAAAUUACCAUCUUUUAUUCCAGACCAUGACUUAAAGAUCUUGAACAAGAUGAAGAAACGUGCCUACAGAUUGGAUUUGCAAUUGAGUUUGUGUGGACUACGUGUCGGCUGGGCUGGUGUCAUUGGGUUGAUACCGGGUAUUGGUGAUGUAAUUGCCUUGUUAUUUGCCUUGCAAUUAGUGAAACUCGCGCGACAGGUUGAAGGUGGGUUGCCAGCCAGUUUAGAAGCGCAAAUGAUGGCUAAUGUGUCGUUUGAUUUUGGUAUUGGAUUGAUUCCGGUUGUUGGUGACUUCAUCAAUGUCAUGUAUAAAUGCAACUCGAGAAACUUCGUGUUAUUGGAAAAGCAUCUAAUCAAAAAGUACGGCAACAAAGCGGGGGUGAAGUCGGUGCCGGCGACGUCGACAAUUGAUCAUAAGACUGCAAAGACGCAACAUAAGGGCACUUAUACUGCGGGUGGUGCUGUAAGUGACCCCGCAAACAAAGUAUAG